AUGCAUCGGAAUACUCGCAAAGCUGAGCUAGAUGACCUGAUAAACGCUAACCAUCUUCCAAACAAGAAGUGCGGCGAUGAAUCGCCAGUCUUUAUUCGAAAUGUCCAUCGUUCAAUUUAUUUCGAAGAGGUUGAACUUCAGCCAACGAGCGUUAAACCAUUGCCUCCGCCGUCCUCGAAAUUAACAAAGCGGGAGAAAUGGAUGAUCGUGGGGAUUGUUUUCCUUGCCAUUUUGUUGAUUAUUUUUAUCGCGUUGUUCGCACAUGCGAACCAAGCAAGAAGUAGACUGAUCCGUAUUUCCGAACACCAACCUAGUAAAUCAUGGAUUAAUUUAGCAUCAGGUAAGUUUGUCAGCUAUAAGUAAGUUUUAUUUCGUUAACAGUUUUGUUUGUUCAGAUAUACCGCGACUUUUGAAAGGUUCAGCCGCGGUUGUAAAUACGCAUUAGCUGAUGACAGCUUUGGCGUCUACUGAGUUAUAUCAAUAACUGCGUGUUUGACCUGGUCCAGUGAUUUAUUUUACCUUUUAAAACAGUUAUAUUACGAACAUGGUUAUCAAUUAAUUUACAUAACUGUUGUACAAAUAUAAACGUACAAUUCAGAAAAAACUAACCCAUAUUAGACCACAAUGACCAGUCACGUUUUCUUCUGCUUUUAAAUUUUCUAUUGCUGCUUUUUCGGGGUGACACUGACACUUUUUUUUGGAUACGUUUCCCGCAGAAUUUCAUCAACGAAAUACUCUAACAUCUUUAAAUGAUUUUGAUUUCAUUAACUGUAACCAUAGUUUUAAUUUUGUUCGUUUGAUGAUAAAUCAGUGCUUCGUUAGUUAUCAAAGCUACUUUUUUAUUUCGAUUUGCCUUCUUUGGACUAAAACAAAUAGGAGAUAGUUAUCAGUUUUUUUAUGACCGAUUUUUGUGCGACUCUUCUCUAUUUCUAUAAGAAGCAAAUGUCUAUUCGAAUGAUUAUAUUUUAUUUAAUGUUUAAAGUAAUUUGUUAAUAGCGUCAUAAAUAUGGAAAUGAAGUAUAUUUACUUGUCUGAAAAAGUAAAGUGUAUUAUAAUCAUGAUUCAGUAAUUUACGGGACUUCAAGCCAAAGUUAUAAAUACAUGACUGGAUAAACUUAGUAAGUUUGGUUGACGUAUUUUUCAGUGACGUGACAUGAUGCAUUAUUCAAUGCAUAAUUUGAUGAAACUUGCCUCCAUUGUACUGUUUUCGAAACGAUACGUUGGUCCUUUGCAUUUACCGGAAUUACGUUGCUGAAGCUAUAUGCAUUGUUUCGUCAAAGCUACAAGUCCAAAGAUAGUUACAAAUGAGAUAACACAAACCGCUGGGGUCAGAUUUCUCAAUUUUUGUUUUAUUUUAGUUUGGUUGCAGAGCAAAUAAGUAGAUAUUGAAAUAAAUAUGCGAUAUUUUUUUUUUAGAGGGAAUCAGGCAAAUGUUUCAACUAUAAGAUUAAGGGUUUUGUGCAAAUCUCAUUAAAAGUAGCAGAAAGCUCUUUUGUAGAUAAUUGUUGGCUUACUGUUGCAGUUAUCGGUUUUGGUGAUUGUGUAAAACGUCAUUUAAAAUCUCCUCAUUGCGGGCAUAUUCUUGAUAUCGACCAUUCUUGUGGUUUACAUAUAUAUAAUACUCCAUGACUGUACGCGCACGCGCAUGUUAUAGUACGCCCACCGUUUUGUGAGGCAUUUUAAUUAUUCCGGAUAUCACAAAAAACUUAUCUAAUCCGUUAAGGCUUCAUAAAGUGGUUCCAUGGCUUUUUUUUCUGUAUUUGGUAGCUUUCCAAAAUCUUUUGCCGGCUUAUUGUAUGCUUUUCCCUGGUUAGUGUAAGGGAAAAAUUUCUUAAUACCUUUGGGCGGCGUUGUAGUCACUUUUAGUCAAGGUGUAGGAUAGUGUUAUCUGCGCCGGCUGAGUCCUUGAUUCCUCUUGAUUUCACGAAAACCCGUUCUAAUAAUUGUUUUAUUAUUUAUUGCAUUGUUUCGAAGAAAACAAAAAGACAAACAUUGCUUUUGUUAAUCACGCGUUGUGGGCGUCUAACCUUUACAUUAGGCCGUUGUAUUCGCCCGAAAGUAACGAACUAAUCUGUAGCUUGCGCUGAUGGCGCUGGGGGCUCUAAGCUAACGAGAAGACAAAUAUUGAGUACAUGUACCAUGUAUAAUAACAAGAGAAUUGGUCACUUUUUGCAAAAACUGCCAUAGGCAUGGGAAGUUUUUUCUUUCUUUCUUUUUUUUUUUAAACAGCAUGUUCAUUUUAAUGUCUUAUCUGUUCUAAAGGUCAAUUUAUUGAAUCUCUCGUUGCACGCUCAACUGCGUGCUUAACAAUCCGGAAAAGUCUAAGAAAAAAUUCCGUGCAGAUCAAUGAGGCAGUAGUCCGCUUAGGUGGCGGUAUUGUAUAGUAGUCGGGUGAGAUUUGGCAGCGAAGCCGUCAUGAGCGGCGUAAGCCACGAGAAACAGAAAUACCCGGCACUCCCUUAAUCGCACACCGAGACAAUAUCGCCAGCUACGCAGGCUAAUGCGGCAGCAAUAUCGUAACAGAAAAAAGGAUGUCGUUAUAUGUCUCUAAUAUUAGUACCUAUUAUAUUUUUAUAUUUACUUGUUUGUAGUAUUUUAACCCUCGGACGUACACGCAAAUUCAUACCCCCCACCGUGGUACAAGGGCAUGGGGGUGGAUAGAACCCCUCCCCUGAGUUUUUAAUAUGUUCAAGUUGCAGUAUUUUGAAACGAUUUUAUCUUUAGUGGAAAGCCUUUGAUCUUCUUGACAAGAUCAGGUAUAUUUUUUGGGUGGUGGCGCUGCUGGAGGCCUGUGACGUCACCAAAAAUGGUCACCAUCUUGGCCGCCAUCUUGGAUUUUACCAAGAAUAAGAAAUCAUGUUAAAACCGCGAGAAAUGGUAAUUUUUUGUGUUUUACAUGAAAAAUAACACAUAAUUAAGCACUUUGCAUGAUUCUAACCACAUGAUAUACUUUUAGCAACUGACCAUCACUAAACUUGUCUCAAAAUCUGCGCAAGGGGUAAACGAACAGCUAUUGAAAACGUCAGGUGCUUAUGUUUUAUCCUCUAGGAAAAACCUCAGAAAAACCUUAUAAAUUUUAUUCCAGCGUAUCUCUAUUUUCCUUGUAUUUAGUUGCAUUCGUGAUAGUGAUAGUUUACCUCAGCCCUUUACCUCCUUUUCCCAAUCUAGUGAUCGUGAAAUAAUCCGGGUUGCUGAUAAUGAUGAUGAUAAAGGUUGGUGCGACUGCACACAAGCGGUUUUUUUUUCGGCACUCAGUCGUACUCAGCCAUUCUCUCUGUCGGUUGCGUGACGACACACAUAGGUACGCAGUUGCGUAUAUAGGAGAUUCACUGUGUUCUUCACCUUCCGGAUUUUAAAAGGCGACUUUAAGAUCCAACGACCCGUCGGCAACGAGAAUGUCGCUUUAGAAGUGAAUUUGCGCUCUUUCAGUCUUUAUCGUGAUUAUCUCUACCCACUUACUUUGUCAAAUGUAGGCGAACCCUCCUGAAGUUGAACUCCAAGGGACCAUAUCCAAGUUCAAAGAGAGAAAUAAAAAUUUCGUCGUUGCUUGUUUACGUUGUCCAUAAAACUUUCCCGCGACUUGAAUUACAGUCUCUUUUUAACAAUAGAGACCGUUAAAUGCUAAGACGAGGAAGAGGUUUUCUAUUAAGUAGUGCGCUCGUUAAUCCGCGCCAUUUUGGCGAGAAAACGUAACAACUGUCAUCUUCUAGAACGGGUUUUCGCGAGAUAUGUCGUAGUGACGGAGACAAGUCAUCAAAUGAGGUUACAAGUUUUAUCACUUUCGAACGGGAGAUGGCUUAACCUCCUCCUCCUCCGUGAAUAGAAAUAACCGUAUUAACUUUCCUGGUGAAAACUGAGUAAAAUGAAGCUUUCCGGGAUAUCUGUUUGUUUGAGAGUACGCGAAAAAAAUCAAGUUUAAUCUUGUGUUCCUAGUAGUCUUCGUCCUCGAAUUUAAAGGUCUUUAAUAUUAACUUAAAACCGUGGAGUAUGUUGCCUUUUUCUUGCACUUAUCUUGUAUUCACAUUUCCAUUUCUUUUAUUUCUUCUCAUUCUUCUUCUUCUUUUUUUUUUUCAGAUAUGCUCAAUGCAAUGAACUCGAGUGCAGAUCCUUGCGAUGACUUCUACGAGUACGCUUGUGGGACUUGGAUGAAAAAUAAUUAUAUUCCCGAGAGUAAGUCAUCUUGGAGUCAGUUUCGAGAGCUCUAUCAGAGAAACGAACUGGUAAUGAAAUCACUUAUUGUGGACAACAAGGAAACAAGAGAGAAAUACAAAGACGUGAGUAGAUGAAAAUUGAUUCUCUGUUGUUGUUGCUGUUGCUGUUGUUGUUGUAUGUUUCUUUGACUUGUCUUUGUUUCAUGCACUAAGACUAUGGCUCCCGUUUUGAAAGUCCAUACUCAUUACUUCGGGAAAGUAAAUAAAACACGUCUUUUUGAGCCAUCCCAGUCGAAAAUUUCAGAAACAUGCACAUACGGAGUGUCUGAAAAGGUAGUCAUCUGUUGUCUUUCGGUGGGACUGUUCCAAACAAGAAUUCGUAUUCUAUUUCUUGUAAUGUUGAAAUGUUUACAAAUGGUCAAUUGUAACAUGAAAUUUUUCACUCCUAGAAGAAAUAAGUGAGUCUAAGGUAAAUCUAAUGUUUGAGUCAGUCUUGGAGUCUGCAGAUGAAAUCUUUAGCAACCGUUUUUCACUUGAUCUAAUCUUCAGCAUUUUACAAAAUAGUCUCCUUCGCAGCCGUAAUUAGGGUCGUCACGCAACGCUCCUUCACACUAGUGGGGAGAAGCGUCGCGUGACGACCCUAUUAACGGCUGCGAAGGAGACUAUUUACAAAAACGAAAUUAGAAAAUUUUGUUGAAUCUUGACCUUGGCUACUUCUCAAAGUGAAAGAUUCAAAAUUCGGCGGAAGGAAACGGUUUUGCUUGUGAAAAAAGAUGCCAUAUAAUCCAGUAGUCCAUUACAGGUUCCAGUGGGUCAGAGUUGGCUCACAAUCUAGUUGCCUGAGAGCAAGCUCUCCCUGCGCUCGUGGGGGUACAGGAAUGGGGAGGUGAGAGUGGAAGGAGAGCUUGCACUCGCGUCUCAUAAAUUUGAAUAUUUGCGUCCCAGAAUGGCUGCAAAAUGUUGAUUGGUUGAUUUCCAUUUUCGCCCCGCCGCCCGAGCGCCUCGGAGAGCUUGCUCGCAGGCUAACGUACAGUCUGGGAAACAGGCUAAUAGAGAUAAACAUUUAGACAAAAUCUGUCUACAGGUAGCUAUUAUGACACUUGAAGGAGUAUUAUGAGGUCAUCCGUAUAUAAGAUCUCUCCUUACAGAUAACCCGCCCAGCCCAGGAGAGGUUGGCCACACAAACAGGGUCUACGUCCCCUUACUCUUUUUGAUCUGCUGUGUGGGUUCUUUUACGUCUAACAAGAACCAGAUAAAUGAAAGUGCUGUGAGGCCGGACCUACGGAUUUUCGUCCUUAUCAGAGAAGACUAGAAAAUCUAACCGUUUGCAGAUUUUAUUAAAAAUGCAGCACUUUCUUCUCAGUUAUUUAAAUACCCUGAGUGUUGGUCCGGCCGGGGGUUUGAACCCGCGACCUUCUGCUCAGCAGACCGGCACUCUCCCGUCUGAGAUAACCAGGAGGCGGUUAAAAAAUCUGCUUGAUUAUUUCAUACUUUUAGAACGAAGCAAUCAUGAAAGGUUUCGACAUGUUCGAUUCUUGCAUGGACGAGGAAACAAUUGAAAAACUCGAUGCUACUCCCCUACUUGAACUUAUCAAAGAAUACGGAUCAUGGAACGUUACCGAUGGAAACUGGACGGAAGAUUCGUGGGAUUUCAUGGACACAUUCGUUAAGAUUCAAAAGUACCUGUCAAUAGCACCUCUUUUCAACAUGUACGUGUCAGCGGAUCUAAAAGACUCUACUAAAAAUAUAAUUGUGGUAAGUUAUCGUAGCUUAUCUUGGUAGUUCGUGCAAACGGACCCAAUAACUCCCAACUUUGUACGGACUUCUUGCGUCCGUUUGCACAUGGCUAAACGUUUGACCAGUUUCAAACUUUGCCCAACAAUUACCAAUAGCACGCUUGCAACAACAUCCAACAACAUGCAACAGGGUGUGCGAACGGACGCAACAUAACAUCCAACAAUUUUGGGAGUUGCUGGCCAACAAUGUCGCGUAACCAAUGAAAUGACUUGUCACAGUGUCGAACCUAACUGAUAAAUUACUAGGGGUGAAAAUGGAUGGAUAGAUACGAAUUAAAUGUGCGUAUUACGUAAAUAGUUCCUAUAAGUGGUUUCACCACCAAGCUUCGUUUUGAAAUUGUAAAUUUGCUAAGUUUUUCAUAAAUAAAUCCCCAAGGCACACUUGUUGGAAAGAAUACCCAUUCGCAAAGAGCGCAAGUACAAACAAGGCUUGGUGGUGAAAUUUGCUCGUCUGAUGUAAACAUGCAUAUUAUAAGGGCUAUGGAAAAUUUGAUCGCUAGCUGCGCAGCUAGCUCUAAGAUCCUCCUUGAAAGGCGAAGCUUAACUUGCCUAUUAAAGAGAUUAUGGUAUUUUCCCGAAACACUGAGAAAAAUUAGAUUUUGUAUUGAUUUAUUAUAUUGUUGAAGCUAAAGGCUUAAUAGACUUUUGCAAAAUUAGGACUUGUUUCCUCAGCUCUCUUUCCGUUAAUGCAAUACAACACUUUGAACAAACGUUCCUUUGCUUGGGGUGUACCAAAGUUGGUUUUUAAACUAUUUUUUUUAUAUAUAUAACAGUUGUUAUUGAUUGAUUGAGUGAUUGAUUUUUUUUUCAGCUUGACCAGUCUGGAAUCGGUAUUUCCCCCGAAGCUUUUCUACAGAACAGUUCUUAUCACAGAAAGGUAGAUGAAUAUGAACACUGCCCUAAUUUUUUGUUGUAGGCUGUACUUGGAAAUAAAUAGCGACAUUGGGGUAGGAUUGAAUGAGAGGUGGUCUCCUACUCCUUCUUAGUCUUCGCUGGAAUUCGCGCGGAAAAUCUAUGAAUAAUGCAAAGCCGAGGUGGAUAGUAUUUCUGCGAGCAUAGAGCGUUAUUACUCACGUGGCCCGCAUCUUUGCAAAUUUAUUGCAACAAGAAAAGCGACUGCAUAAUAAAAGAGUUCAACUCCCACAGGAUUUGUUUGGAACACUAACAUAGUCCGCUGUUUCAUUGUUUUGGAACACCAAUAUGGCCGCCGUGACGUCAUGUGAAAGCGCUCUAUUAUGCUAUUUUGCUAUUUAAAGAAAAUUCGUUAUGGUCGCGAAUUAGAAGUUCGGCUUGAUGGAAUAUCCUAGAAUAGGCCCUUUUCAGCUAACCAUUCACGUGGUACAAAACCGCCGUGCUGGAGAGAAAAAGUCGCACUGGGACAAGACAAACAAAGAAAAUUACCAUUUCAAGUUAUGUAUGUCUUUUGUUUGUCUUGUCCCAGUGCGACUUUUGCUCCCCAGCGUGGCGGUUUCGUACCACGUGAAUAGCUAGCUGCAAAGGGCCUAUCGUAGUUCUAAAGUAAUACUCCCACCUAUCCUUGCUUUUUGUGAGCGUGAAAAAAAAAAGAGAUUUAGACUCACGUUUGCAGCAAACGGACUUGCAUCACGUGACCAAGCUUUCCAUUAGUUAUUGUUUGCAGUGCAUUAAAUAGACCUUUUUACCGAUACGGCGGCCAUAUUGAAUUAAUUCGAUUUAAGGAGUAUUAUAGGAUGCCCAGGAGGCAUGAGCACAUUUCCUUUGUAUUUUCGAGCACUUUUCGGGACAUUUUUUCUUAAAGUUUUCUUAGAAUAAGAUUGUAAUGGGAAAAAAGAUCCUCGUACCGUGUUUGGAUGUAAUAAUGAUCGCCUUUUUUCCCGAGAAAUAUACAGUGAAAGAUCAUAUUUCUAAUACUAAACUAGAAAAAGGCGAUCAUUAUUACAUCCAAACACGGUACGAGGAUCUUUUUUCCCAUUACAAUCUUAUUCUAAGAAAACUUUAAGAAAAAAUGUCCCGAAAAGUGCUCGAAAAUACAAAGGAAAUGUGCUCAUGCCUCCUGGGCAUCCUAUAAUACUCCUUAAAUCGAAUUAAUUCAAUAUGGCCGCCGUAUCGGUAAAAAGGUCUAUUCACACAAGAAAAAAUAUUUUCAUGUCAGCUUCACGCCUUAAAAUUAGGGUGGAAGUUUUUAUCUGCUCUUUUCUUAAUUUGCGAAGUUCUCAAUUUGAAUCAGAUGUUUUCCUUUUCUCUGAAACGCGCUUUGAAAUGUUUCUUAUAACAAGAAGCUCUUGGCAUAUUUUAUUUUAUUUUUGUAGGUCCGCAAGGCGUACAAAAAACUCAUGGUAGAUCUUGUUAAACUGCUCGGUGAUGUUCCAAACGCGGAAUCCAUGAUGAUGGAGAUUUACGAUUUUGAAGAAACACUAGCAAAGGUAACUCGAACUUACUUUCUGGCUCUGAUAUUUUGGAUGCAUUUUCAAAUGCAGAUGCACGAUACACUGAACGCACGAAAUGAAUUAUAACGUCUUAGUUGCGGUUUACUAACUGUAAGUCUACAUACAUGUCUCAUAUAUUUUGUCGAGCACGAGCCAUAAACCCUUUAUCCUUCUGAGUCCAUUCUUAGCCCCAAUGAUUCUUACAUUGCAUCGUUGAUGACUAUUCUCAAGUUGUCUUUUUGAAGCAUGAGGUACUUAAAUUUUGAACUACAAAGACGGAAACGUUUAAUGUCUUAAAGGAUAGCUAAAAAUGUUAAAUUCAAAGGAAGCCGUGAAUGGGAGUGAGUCAAGAAUAACCGCGAUGUGAGAGGAACAUCCGCAUGGUUCACGCUCGGUCAGCGGUAUCUACCAACAGUUAAGAGACUUUUUCUCAUAAUUGCUGUAACCAGGUGCCAAUCAUAGGCUCCUGCUAUAACUUAGUUAAACUCGUCAUUUUUCCGAGAUAAAAAAGAAGCAACGUUUUCAAUGUGGACUGAAUAAUUGAAAUGGAAUGUAGCUAAAUCUCCCUGAGGCGUAUUGAAACCGUAAAACCGUUAAAAAAAAUCGGGUAACCAUAUUUUCCACCUUCGAGUUGUAAUCUCUUUUAAUUGACUUACCUUUUACUUUCCUCUACAGAACUUUAUCCCCCGUGAACAACGUCGAGAUACAAACAAACUUUACAAGAAGAUGACACUUAACGAGUACAUCAAGUCCUCUGAUCUAGAUGUAAGUGUCUCAGGCGACAUGUUAGGGACCUUUAUAACGACGAUGACGACGACGACUACGAAAACGUCACUUAAAAAGUGUAUUCGCGCUGAUUCAAACGUUAUCGCGCUUAUUCUAUCUUGUUUACUUUGUCAAAUGUUGGCAAAUGUUUUUGGAGUUGAAUUCUAAAGGACUGUGUCAAAGGUCAGGAAAAGAAAAAGAAAGUUGUUGUCUUGGGUUCACGUCCUCUACAAAACGCGAAUUUAGGCACUUUCACCUAGUAGUCGUGCAACGACGACGAAAAAUGUACAAAGAAAAGCGUGAUACACGUGAAAAGUUGUUUUUUGGCUAAUCUAAUCCUAUUACGUUUUGCCGUUCUCGUUGCCCUCACCGUCGUCUUUGUUUAAACUCCCUAGUAACGUUCCGGCGGUGGGGAGGGGUACUCAACAAAGUUUUGUAUGGGGAGCUCCCUCCAUGUCCAAACCCCUUACCCUUUUAGUAAAUACUAUUUUUGACAGGAAAAUUACCUCUUUAGGAGUUCAUCCAAAUGUUUUAAGCAAGGUACCAAGUUUUUUGAUAAAAAUCCACUUUUCAGCAUAAAACAACCAAAUCUGGCUAUUUAGUGUAAAAUCAGGUGAGAAAAUCGGCAAAAGGCGAUUUUUAGGUCAGUUUCUUGAUUAAAGCUUAUAGAAUUUAUUACAGUGUAAAGCCGCCUUAAGGCCACCUCGGUAAUGCGGUCACCUCGUUAUUACGGCCACUUUUUUUGGCCACCCGGCAAAAACAACCAUACAUUUUCUUGUUAAGAAAUCCUCGUUAAUGCGGUCACCGAAGCCCUGUGGACGAAGCUGUCGAGCCCUGGACCUCCUCCGAAGUGCUUGUCCAACCCGACCACUUGGACCUCGCACUCUGCGAUCUUCGUUGAAUAAAUCAGAAUAUUUCUUGCCUUGUAGAUUGACUUAAUGGAUUUUAUGAAGAAAAUGUUUAACCAAACUGGUUAUAAUAUAACAGGGGAGGAAAAGGUGGUUUCAUAUGCGCUGGAUUACGUCAAGAAUAUGUCUCUUAUCUUUAACAGAACAAGUAAAAGGUAAUACAUAUAUACAUUUGUUGUUGAAACAUAUAUAAUUAAAAAAAAAACAACAACAAUAGAGAAGUUUUGAGCCAUGUUUAUGGCCUGCAUAGCUGGUGGAAUCGUGAUUCUGCGCGUGUGAAAGUUUUGGCGGCGAAGCUGCCAUAUAUUCUUACGCUUUGCUGCGAAAAACAUGGAUAAUAUAAAGACUCUAUUAUCCAUACGAGCUAAAAAGCAAACGCCGAAGGAACGGAUUCAAGAAUUUCAAAGCGUCUCCUCUCCAAUCAGUUCAAUAACCAGAGUAUAAUACCAUCAACUGACGUGAUACAACUGACUUUGACUCUGAAGAUGACCACCGCACAGGUUGUCGAAACGUCAACAACAACAGUCCUAUUCAGGACUACGUUCACCCGGACGAUCAAACUCAACCUACUUUUAUAAUGAUUCCUGGGUUCAAACCUUUCACAAAACAUGCUGUGUUGCACAGGAGCAAGUUGUGAAGUCAAACUGUCCACAACUGUCGUUUUGAGCAUAGACAAGAAAGCUUAUCCUCUCUUGGCAUAGAUAAUUCCUUACAUUGCAGUCCCCACCUAAAAGAAGGCUUUCUAAAGCCUGCACGACAACGCUGAAUGGUGUACGAAGGGUGAACAGAGAAUCUGCCCUGCUCGCCAAAAGAGUCUCGCACAACGUGCAUAGCUUCGUUCUUCUCUGCAUUUCCUCUCUGACAACAUCAUUAUCAGCAGAGCAUUCCUGGAACGCCACAAGGCGUUUUGCCGAAUAGCCAAACGAGAAGGCGAUCGGCUGCAACGAAUUCAACGUAUUUCUAACGAGGAACUACUCGCAUGCGUUGCCGAAGGCCAAGUUCAGAGAGUGCGCCUUACGGCAAUGAACGUAUACUGCUUGUGGUGUACGUUGCUUGAUUUUGUCACGUGCACAGUCUUGUGACGCCUGUCUAUAGACUUUAAAUGUACACUGUAGAAGUACAGUAUAGGAUUACUGCAGGGCUCUUUCUUGAGGAGCCGCAUACUAUCGAUGAUUCUCGGCAAACGCUUUUGGUAUAUGAAAACAUACAAAGAAAUAUUGUCUCUUUUUAAUCUGGCCGUUCGAAAGAAAAUUCACCCAAAAAUCUUUUAAGCCCGUGCUUAACUGGCUUACAGUCAGGUACGCCCCUGGGAUUCUAAAUUGCUCGAUGUAUCGGUGGCAGGCGAAACCUUGAUAAUUAAACAACGAUGACAUGAGUUUUACUUGGAAGAAUAAUCAUACUACAUAACUGUAUUACGAAAAAACGGCUGGACGUCUAAAGGUAUCCACACCCCUUGUGAUCACUUUCUAUCCAUGUUCUGUUCUUAGAAUAAUCGCAAACUACAUGAUGUGGAAAGUUGUUGUACGUUUCGCUUCGUCCUUAAGCCUCAAGUUUCGAGACGUUUACCAGGAGUACAGUAAAUCUCUGAGCGGGGUCGCCGGGGAAGAUCCCCGCUGGCAGGAUUGCCUUGGUAUGGUAGAUGGAUCAUUCGGGAUGCCGUUCGGUUUGCUGUUUGUGAACAAAGCCUUUGAGGGAGAAAGCAAGAAAUCGGUAGGAACUGAGUGUUACUCUCCUGAGGUUGGAGAUCAGAGGGUUGAAGGCUUUAUUGACAAAAUGACGUAAUUUGACGUCAUUAUGGCGUCAUAUUGUUGAAUUUAUUGGCAGAAUCCAAAUUCUAUCAAUUUUCUUCUCAAAUCGAAAAGCAAACUUAAUAGUAAGGUGUCUAGCUAAAUUAAGAAAUUGGCUUACACAUUAAUCAUCUUUAACAAUUCCCUACUCCACAAACUCUAAAGAGAAUGGAUACAAGCUUUGGGUGCAGUGUAGCCUGUUCCGGGCUCCAACAUAAUGGUGAAAAGUUGUUUAGUAAAAAGGUGUAAAAAGGAAAUGCGAAAAACGCGCGGGGGCUGGGAAGAGCGCCCCUUUCCCAAGUCGCACCUAGCCUGCGAGCAAGCUCUCCUAUUUGGGCGAGCAGAGCGAGCCUCGCGAGAACGCGCGAGCGAGGAGCGAGACUCGCUUCGCUCGCCCAAAUAGGAGAGCUUGCUCGCAGGUCAAGUCGCACCCGUCUUAUUUUCGCUCUGCUUGUUUUAACCCUUUAAGUCCCAAUAGUGACCAACAUAAAAUUUCUCCUAACAUUACCCAUACAUUUUCAGGAGAUAAAGUUAUGAGAAUUAAUAAAAUGAUCACCAAAGAGAAAAUGCCUUGAUCUUUCAUUAAGAUCUCUCAACUAAUUCUUAAAGGAAAUGUACGUAGAUCACUUUGGAGAAUUUGUACCUGUGUAUUAGGGCUUAAAAGGUUAAUACGUCCCCACUGCACUACCUGGGAGCCUGACACAGGCUAGGUGCAGUGAUUCCUGGGAUCGUUUGGGUGGACAAGCAUCAGUUAUGAUUGGUCGAUGGUAUUCAAGGCAACCAUUACGCAAUCAUAUGUAACGUUUUUCCACCCAAACGAUUCCAGAAAUAGUCAACCUCACUCGUUCCCAGGGUCCUCUCCUACUCGGCCCCGUGGGCCGAGUAGGAGAGGGAAAUCCCUGGAACGAAGUUGAGAAAGAGUUACGCCGAAAGCUUGUACCCAUUCCCCUUAUAGCUUCUGGAGUGGGGAAUAGCAGUGAUGUCAUUAGGAAAGAAGAAGCUUUAACCAUCCGUCAGCUUGGAUCUGCCGUUCUAGAUGAAUUAAAUGUACUCAAUUUUUCUCAAAACCAAUGGAUAUCAAGGUUAUCGUGAUAGAAAAAUUGAUCUGUGCCUAAAAUCCACAUGUGUGUUAUACCGAGAGAAACUCAACACUGGUGGAAACUGCCUAGUAUUGAAAUGCUAUAAUUGUAGGAAAAAAAACAAGUCUUGAAAAACACGGCUAUGAAAACUCGGUAACAUCGAUGUUAACGUACACGUGUCCACGACUGUAAAAUUUUACCAGAUUAUUUUAAGGAGAAGUAUUUUGAUGGCCCUAUUGUUAAACGCACGGCUUUGAAGUCACUGAAAUUUAUAGCCAUAUAGGGUUAACUUUAAUUUUAUAGGGUUAAUUUGCUUGGGGGACUGUGGACAAGCCUGUCCUUGCUUACCCUGUGGGAAGAGGUAACUCUCUUGCAUGGCUUUUAGCGUUUGGUAAGUCGUUCACGUCACGUUCACGUCGCGUAGUUGGUUUGCUUUAUACGCCUCGGGAGUUUUUAUUCCCUGGAUCCGCCACUAGUGUAGAACAAUAAAAAGAUAAGCAGUUCAUAUCAGUAGUUGACUGUUCAUGUGUGCUGUCUAACGAGUACGGUAUUCUCAGUUUCUAGUUUUUUCGUAAUUAUAUUUCUUCGUAUCCACUUUCUCUUGUCUGUAGGCUGAAGAAAUGAUCCAUGAUAUUAGACAGGUUUUCCUUGCUAAUCUGGAUAAACUGGAAUGGAUGGAUGACGCCACAAAGGAGAAAGCAAGAGAAAAGGUUCUGUGCACUGGCAAUAAGGCGUUCAGUUUUAAACAGCAAAGUUCUUAGUUGGUAUUCUAUAAAAGAGCUGUAGGAAAACCGCGGCAAAUUCUACCUUUAGUUUUCAGUUUUGCCUUUGGCCCUUUAUCAUUAUCAUCAUCAUCAUCAUCAUCAUCAUCAUCAUCAUUCUCAUCAUCAUCAUCAUCAUUAUCAUUAUCAUUACCAAUAUUCUGCUUAGUGUGUGCUUGAAAACUAUUGUAAUUUUCUUCCUGCAUGUUUGAUUGUUUGUUUGUGUCCCUUUUACGGUUGUAUUUUAUUUGGAACACUGUCAGUUUAGAGUUAUUUUUUAUUUUCUUUUUCUUUCAGGCUAAAGCAAUACGUGAAAAUAUCGGCUAUCCAGAGUACCUGAAAAACAGUUCUGCAAUGAGCGAGAUGUAUAAGGGAGUAAGUUUCCGUCUUUUGACGAUUUCUGUUUUUUGGGCCGUUAAUACGAGGACUUUUUUUUUUAUUUUAUUGCAUGACGUAUUACCAUAUUUUUUUUUAAUUACAAGCAAUUUACGAAGGUGCAUUUUUAGAAAUGCUGCUACAUACAUUACCACUUUGUAUAAAAUCGCAGCAAAAAUCAACACCCUUGACGGGAAAAAAAACCGGGCUGGAUCGCAUUGCCAAGAUCGUGCAACGUGGAACGCAACAAAAUUCAUCUUCGCGAUUACAUGCAUGACAACUGAAGCUAACUGAGUUAGGCUUGUUAAUAUUGAGAAAUCUUACCCCGGGUAAUAGGGUUAGUCUUCCAGUCGAGUGAACUUAAGCGAGCGUUUAUAUGAGAAAAGUUGUUGACCCCUUUACUAGAGCCAGCAUCAUGCUUUGGUUGUCUCGCCUUUUCCGAGUUUACUCACCUGGGCGAGCCAAAAAGUGUUUAUAUGAGAAAAGUUGGCCCGGCCGUCGAAGGGUUUCCCUACCAUCACCCAGUUUGAACAGCCGACUUUAACAACAAUUUGUUGUUUUUUGCAACAUUUCAUGCACUACUUCCAGUUCCUAUCGAAACGACCGUAUUUCUGGAAAAAAAAAAGUAAUAAGAAAAUAAACGUUCUACCUUUUGUCCUAGGCUAAACGUUGUACUAUUCAUGAGACGAACCAAAGUUAGUGAGCUGAGUUCAUGAAAAGUUCCAGGUCUAGCUCCGUUUAGUUCGUUUAAAUGAGUUUGGAUCGUCCAACACGUUCCAACAGUCUGUUCCAGACUGAUAGAACGUCUGAAGAUCUUCUCCGGGACAAUCUUCACGUGCGACGAACUAAACUGAUAAUUUUUUUUAUUUGUAUGAUAAUCUAUAUUUAGCCUCGUUCGGGAAAAAAAAUUUAUCACUAAUCUGAUUCAGUUGGUUAGUUCGACGCGUCUAAAGUUCGACGUCUGACCUAACAGACGAUCUUAAGUUAAUUUAGGUCGACGCAAAUUAGAGUUUGGUUCUUCGUCUCGUGAAAAGUUCGACGUUUGGCCUAGGCUUUAGAAUCCUUUAUAUAUUACUAUGUUUAAUGCUUUCCUCUUUGUUUCGUUUACUUAACAGUUUAAAGUCGAUAAAGGCAAGUAUUUCAGCAACGUCCUGCAAUCACAUACAUAUUUUAACUUGAAGAACUACGCCAAGCUUGGAAAGCCUGUGAACAAAGACAGGUGAGAGUCUCCUGGUCCCAGUCAAAUUUCUCCCUCGCUUUCUCCGUCCCUACACCGGUUGAAUGCCCGAGAAUAUGAGGAGUUUAACUGGACGCUGUCCGGGACCUCUCCGAUCCUACAAAGAAAACUUGACUGACACGUGGACUUCGCGUCCUUUUAAACUUUUUUGAGAUUAUAAAAUUAGUGUAGUCUUUUUUAAAAACGUUUAAAAACGUCUGGAAGUUACCGGGUGGACGCAGAGAGGGAGGACCGAGUCCUAGCUCAUGUAGGUAGAGCAAUAAAAAUUAUCGCCUUGCCGCACAUUUACGUUUUCAAGGAAACUUAAACUUUGGUCAUUUUAUGUCAUUGUUACGCAGGGGAUGACAACGACAUUUACAAAAAAGCUUGAAGCACGUGUAGAGUUGCUGUUUUACUUCCUUUUUUUGCUCGUUUACUCAUUUAUUUGUUUUUCGAUUUUUUUUAUUUUUUGCUAGAUGGGGCAUGACUCCUCCGACAGUGAAUGCUUAUUAUUCAUCAAUAGAAAACAAAAUCGGUAAGCACAGCGUAAGCGUAACUGUAGCGCAAUGCUUGUACCUGCCCGCAGGUUAUAGAAUAGGUAAUUUUGUUUUUUUUAAAAAGAGAAAACUACCGUUUUCUCUAAGACAGUCAUAAAUGGGCUCUUCUUCUCUUUCCAGCUUUUCCCGCUGGUAUUCUUCAGAGGCCUUUCUAUGAUCAACAGUUUCCCAAGUAA